CUGAGAUUUCAUGUGUUUGAUUAGAUUGUAGGGUUGUGAUUUUAUUUAGUGUGCAGUACAAAAGAGAAAUGACAAGUGUACUGUUUGGUUACUGAGAAAACCUUCGGAUUGAAAAAAGAAAAAGGUUGAAAUUAUUGAGUAUGAUAUACUGUAAACUAAAUUGGUUUUGUUGAGAUCAACACCACGUGAUCGUGAGAUUGAAACUAUUUUAUGUUUUCUGUAUACCUUAAUUUCUCUGAGAUUUGGUUCAUUUGAUUGAAUUCUGGUAUGUGAUUUGUGCAUUGUGCUGUUGAGGAGAAUAAUCAAAACCGUUUCCUUUGGAUGCUGCGGAAACUUGGAAAUACAAGAUACUUUGAAUUUUGAAUCUUGGUUUUGUGUUUUCUGGGAACUGAGAAAAUAAAUGAUCUACCCGACUAAGAGGUCUGAAGAAAAUCCCAGCAGGUUUCUUCAUCCUAGUCCAUCACUGAGAUAGCUAAAGGGUGCAGGUCUCACUACAUUGCAUCUGAGACAAAAAUUAAUUCCCUUUUAUUUGCCAAAAAUGACAGAAAUCUUCAGUUACACAGCUUACAGGCAGUUAUCUCAGAUGUUCCUUGCAAUACUCUUCUUUCACGGUUCUGAAUACAUUUUAGCUCUUUCCUCGCAUGGGAGGCCAAAUGUUACUCUUAACUCUCUUCUGAUCAGUAAAAACUAUCUUUUUGCAAUGAUCUUUUCAUUGCUGGAGUACUUCAUUGAAAUUGCUUUAUUUCCUGGGUUGAAGGAGCUCUGGUGGGUAAGCAACUUGGGCCUUGGAAUGGUUAUAAUCGGUGAAAUUAUAAGGAAAACAGCAAUAAUUACUGCUGGUCAGGCCUUCACACAUCUUAUCAGGGUUCGUCAUGUGGAUCAUCACGAACUGAUUACUCAUGGAAUUUAUGGAUUUGUAAGACAUCCUGGAUACUGUGGUUUCUUCAUCUGGUCAGUUGGUACUCAGAUAAUGCUCUGUAAUCCGGUAUCAACAAUUGCAUUUGUUGUUGUUGUUUGGCGCUUCUUUGUGCAACGGAUUCCAUAUGAAGAGUAUUACUUGAGGCAAUUUUUUGGGUUGCAGUAUGUGGAAUAUGCCCAACGAGUUCCUUCUGGGGUGCCAUUUGUAAGCUGAUGAUCUAUGGACUCUGUGAGCAGGGUUGCAUUUACAUUUAACAAGGUUUAAACGUCGUUUUCUUGAAGGAACUGGGAAUUUCUUUGAAUCUGAACUGAUCAAUGGCUUGAAGGAGUUACAAGUUAUGCUUGCUGGAAUGCUGAAGCUGGGUUCUUCUUAUGGUUCAUGUUUGGGAGAAAUUAUCCAACUGCAGCAAUGUUGUGUUGGUGGAAGCUCAAAUUGUUUCACAGGGCUGUUGUACUAAAUAGGCAGAAGGCUUAGGGCUAUUAAUUUAUAUCCUUUUCUGCAGUUAUUUUAAUUCACCUUAAAUAUUUGAACAUGCCUAUCACAAGCUGGCACUAUAUAAUAAAGUUAGAACCUAGUUAUAACUUUUGAUU